AUGCAUGCUAUUAGUCAUUUUAAUGGAAAGAAAGGAUAUAGUGGUCAUUUUCACAAAUAGUGGCAUAAUGGUAAUUACCAUAUGGGGCUGAAGUAGUGGAAAAAAGGGUGAGAAAAAAUUCUCUCGCGAUCUGCUCUCUCUUUUCUGCUGUUUCUCUCCCAUUUUUGACACCUUGGAGCUUGCAUGUGUCAUCCUCCUCUUUAAUUUCUCAUUGGAAGCAAGCCUUACAUGUGUGAUUUUCCAUGUAUUGAACAUGAAUAAUGAAUGGGUGUUGUUAGAAGCUGAAGGCUUGGAGUUGAACAAGAGCUGGAGGAAAGGGGGAAGGCUAAUUUGAGGAAUGGUAAUUAGUAAAACAGAAGUAAACUUGAAGAGAUUGCUUGCAGCUGCUCCUCAGCAGCAAAACCAGGCAAAACUUGUACAUUAUGUUGCUACUUUGCGUGAACAACUGGAACAAUUGGCUGAAGAGAAGACUCCAGAAGGCUUGCCAAGGAUCUCAAAGGCUACGUUGAACGAUUAUUCAGAGAAGACUGAAGCCAUUGCUUCAAAAUUGGUUCAUGUGUCUGACAUAGAAGUAUCUGAGGACACUGAAAGAAAUGUUAAAGAAAACCCUUCUGAAAUUGAGGAUAAAAUGCCGAUGUCGCCUUGUUCUGGGCUGCGAAGAAGGCCUGUAGCUGCCUCAAGCACUGAAGAUAGAGCACAUGAGCCUGAUGAGACUGAUCACUUAUCAUCUGUUAAACUGGAUGCUGCAGGACAUGCACAUAUUGAAAAGCACAGAAAGCUUCAAGAUGAUUUGACAGAUGAGAUGGUGGUGUUGGCAAAACAACUCAAAGAGAGUAGUCUCAUGAUGAGCCAGUCUGUGAAAAAUACUGAAAAGAUACUUGAUUCUACUGAAGAGGCCAUUGAGCAUAGCUUGGCAAGCACAGGUCGUGUCAACGUAAGAGCAAACACAAUAUACUCGGAGAGUUCCAAGACGUCUUGCUUAACGUGGCUUGUGAUGUUUGUAAUGACGUGUGUGUUUGUCAUGGUUAUUCUUUUAAUCCGUGUCACAUAGGGUGCAGUAAACACUUCAUAGGGUAAAUUAAAUUACUUCAAACAUAGCUAUUUCCAUAUUGUAAAUUUUUCUUCUAUUCAGAUUAUAGAAGUUAUAUCAUGCAGUUUUUUUUGGGAAGGACGUGCAAAUUGUUCUACUUCAUUGUAUAAGAACUGUAGUAUUUUCUUCAUAUUAUGUAUAGAUUCAUUCAAAUAGACUACAAUAACUUUUACAUAGCCAA